AAAGACUGCAGAAGAAGACGAUAGCAAUAACAGACGAGUGCGAAAUGGAGGAGGCUAUACUUUGAAAUUUGGACAGUUCUUCUGUGUUUAACACAUAAAUUACAUUGUCGGUGAUAUUUUUGUGCAUCUCAGUACAGAAUUGCGAAAAAGUUGCAGUUGCUUGUUUUUUGUGUUUUGAUUCUCCGUCAUUGUUGGAUUAGCUAGUCUUGCUAACGUAAAGGCUAAUCUCGACAGCACGCAGAUUAUUUGGCAUUGUUCUGUUCAAAAGUUUUUUGGUUUUCUUUUUUGUUUUUUCACCCACUAUAUCAUCUAUUUUGUUGUUGGUUCUGAAAGGGAAGGUGAAGAAAACAGUCGGCUAUCUUUGGUUGCAACAGUGUGACAGUGGGCUUCCUUGAACCUUUCACACAGUGCAAUGUGAGACCACCAUUUCAGAGCAGCGAUCAAAGAUACACAUCACGAAACUAAUCUUUCAUCUGGGACAGCAGAAAAUCGCACAGUGUAUACUGGGCUUAAAAGCAAAUAUGUCUCUCCCAGUAUAUGAGUCUGUUUAUGAUGAAAACCAAGAAUUCAACAUCAAGACCACUGUUCAUGAUGAAAACCAAGCAUUCGACAUGAAGACCGCUGUUUAUGAGGAAAACCAAGAAUUCAACAUGAAGACCGCUGUUUAUGACGAAAAUCAAGAAUUCAAUACGAAGACCGCUGUUUAUGACGAAAAUCAAGAAUUCAAUACGAAGACCGCUGUUUAUGACGAAAAUCAAGAAUUCAACACGAGGACCGCUGUUUAUGGCGAAAACCAAGAAUUCAACACGAAGAUCGCUGUUUAUGACGAAAACCAAGAAUUCAACAUGAAGACCGCUGUUUAUGAUGAAAACCAAGCAUUCACCGCUGUUUAUGAUGAAAACCAAGCAUUCAACAGCAGGACCGCUGUUGAUGACGAAAUCCAAGAAUUCACCAUCAAGACAGAAUGGGAAGAAGAUUCCAGCCCUCUUAUUCUCAUAAAGGAAGCAGUAGUGGUCUUGACCAGGCUUCCUGAGUAUGUGAUCAGUUCUCUGCAUCCACCAACGCCUCAACAAUUCUACAGUGAAGAUGAGUCUUCCAGCAGUUCUGAUUCUGAUAUGCAGUGUGACAAAGAAGAUUCGAGUGAUUCAGAUUUUGCAAUCACGAACCACUGUAAGAAAAAAGUAAUUCGUGCAGCAAAACCACAGCCUCCAACAGUGCAACAGCCAACACCGCAGCCAGCACCGCAGCCACCAUCACCGAAACCACCGACCAUCGCAUCGACUAGUAACGCUCUUGCCCGUUCCUCCCAAGAGAACAGCAAGGAGCGACCAAACCUGCCACCAGAAGAGGUAAAAGUGGACAUGUUUGUUUUGGCCAGGAAGAAGUACAUGAGAUGGCAACGGGGGAAGAUAGUGGAAAUAGUAACAAAGGAUGAUGGAAGACUGAAGUACAAGAUCUGUUUUGACGAGAAGGGGAAGAGCCUGGUUUCUGGACACCACAUUGCCUUUGACAGACCGCCGAAACUGGAACAGUUGUAUAUUGGUGCGCGUGUAGUGAUCAGGUGUCAAACUAACCAUUCUAGAUUUGAGCCAGGUAUCCUGGCAGAGCUCCCCAACAGGAAAAACAGAAUGAGGUUUUUGAUCUUUAAUGAUGAGCACAACCCAGUCUAUGUUGGCUUACCUUUGCUACACUUGGUUUGCAGACCACUGGAAAACAUUUUGGAUGACCUUCCCGAAGGCAUCCACAAGACUUUCAUGAAAGAGUAUCUAAAUGACUGGCCAUACACACACUUGAUCCACUACCGCGUUGGCCAGGCCAUUAAUGCAGAGUUGAACGGCGUCCAUAGUAGGUGUGAGGUGCAGCAGAUUGACAGCAGCUUGAUACAGGUUCUUUUUCAGAAUGAGGAGCAACGCAAAGACUGGAUCCACCGAGGCUCCUUCCGCCUAGAACACAUGGCAAGACGCAUGGGCCUGAUCGGUGAUGAUCAUCCCGUGGACAUGGGUGAGGCUGACCAAGCUCCCAUUGAGGGUUGAAAUUAUGAAUUUUACAGACUUUUACGGAAUUGUAAUCCACCAUCACAACAAUCACUGCAGAGAUGUACGGUUUCAACUCUUCUGUUGAGUUCAAGUGAGCUGACUGUGGGUUAAAAAAACAAGAGAAUUUUUUUUUUGAUCCAAAUACAUUUUUUUUUUUAAAUUGCUGUGACAGGGAUUUCUCAACAUUGAUACAAAAACUGAUUGUGCGAAAUACCCUGGAUAAUGUUGUCAAAAUAUGUACUUCACAAGCUGGUGUAAUAUUAUUGGACAAGCUUGAAGAAAUAAAAGUGCCACAUCUGCGCCAUGUCUUGAAAUUUUCUUUCAUAUUGUUUAGAAACCCAGGAGCGUAGAGUGUAAUGUUCAAAAUUGUUUGGUUAACACUUUGUGUGCUGCCUACAUGCUGCUAUGGCCAUGUGGCGCACUUUCCUCAGCAUGAUCCAGCUCAUUGGGUGCCUCAGUGCUGAGGAAACCCAGCAACUGGAAAACACCAAAGUGGUGCCCACAUACCAGCUGACUGCUGCAGAUGGGUGGCUACUUUUGGGAACUAUGAAUGGACUAAUGAUCAACAUGGAUUGUUACCACCCAAGAAGACCCACAUUGAUUACUUAGUGUGGUUGAUGCAGCAUCGCCCUGCACCAGUGCAUGCUCCCACACCUGACCUCUGUACCCUGUAAAUGCUUUGCAUUAUCUUUUAUUUUGUUUGUUGUUUAAUUGGUAAACAUUGACAUUACUAUUUUGCUAAUAUGUUCAUACAGACACUAUUUUUCUUUGGAUCUGAAUUUACUAUUCACCAAAGCUGCAGUUGUGUGUUUGAUCCAAACUUGGAUUCUUCAGUGUUUAGGAUGGUUUGGGUUCUAGUUUAAAUAUGCAUUUGUUUUGAUUUCUGUGUCACCUCUUACGUCUCUACCAUUUCUUGUUUAACUCUGCCGAUUAAAGGGUUAUUUUAACACGAGACCGUAUGCUUCAUGUUAAGAAUUAGCCUGUUGUAAAUGCAAUGACUCUUGUGUAAGAUAUGUAUUAAAAAAAAACUUUUCCUGA